AUGCAAAAGUAUUCGUGCAUUUAGGAUUUUAUUUAUUUUCUAGAAACUAUUGAUAGCAAAACUGUAUUAGCAAAUGAAUAUUAAGAUUUUAUUAAUUUAGGAAAAUUAAAAAUAUCAAGAAGAAAUCUAAGUUUAGAAGAAAAGAAAUAAACUGAUUAAAAACUAUCUGUUAGUGGAGUUAAAUAAAAAUUCUAUUUAAUUAGAAUCAAGAUCACAUAAACAAAAAGGCCUAUCAAAAACUAUUAAUUCGGCCUAAUAUUUCAAUGA